UCGAGAGCUAGUAAUAUACGCCAUGGUCAUUACAUCAAAUAUGUGUUUGGAUUCUCGUUGGAGUGUUUUUUUUUCUGUACUGUCAUGUACAUUCAUCGUGAAAAUAGGAUACAUAAGGUAUUAUGUGUACCUCGUGUCUCAUCACAGUUUGUCGGGUUGAAAAAAAGAUACAUGGUGACGAUAGCUGCUUUCCUGGCAGAGAAAAACAACAUGUCACUUUUUGUUUGUCAAAAAACAUAGCCUACGGAAAUUACUCUAUUCGAAGAUUUUCAAAGACAGAACUUUCUCGGAGCUGCCACUUCCUCUGAAAAGGAAGAGGAAUGGGGACCCUCUCAGAUGAUGUCAGAAGACUUUUGGAAGAUUGUGAGUUGUUCGUGUCCAACAUUCUGCAUGAUGAAAACCUCAGUAGACAUGCCAGCGAGACUCGACAGAUACUCCUGAAGAACUUUCGUGUGAUCCACACCAGAAAUCCACAGGAAUUUCCUUUUAGAUCGGAGCCCAGACAUGAGGAUAGCUCCGAUGACAAUCACAGCUCCAGCCAGGGGCGCUCCGCUCACUCAGACGACCUCUCCGUGGCCUCCGACUACCAGGAGGAGGGAGCCCUGGAGUAUUUUAAGGAGAUCCCUAUGGUUGCUGCACAGGAGCUGAGUAACAUUCUUAAGCAGGGCUACCUGGAGAAGAAGAGGAGAGAUCACAGUUUCCUUCGACUGGAGUGGCAGAAACGAUGGUGUGUCCUGAACAACACCAUAUUCUACUACUUUGGGAGUGAGAAAGACAAGCAGCAGAAAGGCUCCUUCUACAUCAACGGCUACAGGGCAGAGUUGGUGCCCAACCUACGCAAGGACUCCAAGAAGAGCGCCUGCUUUGAGAUGACCGCCCCGGGGAGACGCUCUUUUCAGUUCACCGCCAGCAGCGCUCGUGAGGCCAGAGAGUGGGUGGACCAGAUCAACUUUGUUCUCAAAGAUCUUGCCUCAACCUUUAUCCCCUUUGACGAUGAUGAGGAAGAGGAGGAGGAAGAAGAGGAGGAGACUUACGACGACAUCGAGAGAAACACCCCUCCACCUCGCAUCACGCCUGUCUCCACCCCCACCGCAUCUCACGGCCUGCCCCCCCCACACGCCAUCACCCCCCACAGGCCACCAGAGGUCUGGAAGGGCCGGCUGGGGGCCCAGGGGGAAGGCAUGGUGCAGGAAGAGGAAGAUGAAGAGGAGGAGGAUAUUUACGAAGUGCUGCCAGAGGAUGACAUGUCAGACGGCGUAGAGGACGGGCCAGAUAGCACACCAAAAUCAGCAUGGUCUGAAUAUGCAAACUACUACCAAGGCUUAUGGGACUGUGAGGCUGACAAGCCAGAUGAGCUGGCUUUCCAGAGAGGAGACCUCAUCUACAUCCUUAGCAAGGAGUACAACAUCCAUGGCUGGUGGGUAGGAGAGAUGGGAGGCAACAUAGGCAUCGUGCCUAAAGAAUACCUUCAUCCAGCCUACAUCGUCUGAGCUCAUGCUUCUGCAGGGAUUACUCACUGCGGGGACUCCACACCGACUCACAACACUCUCCAAGAACGACAGACUGAGACCAUUUUCAUAAUUAAUAUAAUAAACCUGUUUUUUUAUUGUUUCUGGUAUUUUAAGAAAAUAUAAUAUAUGCAACAUGAA